AGCAGAUCCUGCUUCGUUAGGAGAAUGGUAUAAGACGUGAGCAACAACGCAAGGGUGUGACAUCCAAUAGAACAUUCAUUCAGUCAUUAGCUUCUGGCACCAAACUGAACAAUUUGAACGGAUUAAAUAAGUCAAACAUUGUAAGGAAAGGUCUGGUUUUAAAUGCAUUUGAACCACAAAUAGGUAGCUGCUGAAGAUCACAUGUCAGCUGUAUCCAAGAAUGAUGGGCCUUUAAAGUUGAAGUCGGCCUUGGGGCUUGACAGGCCCAACACUGUUUUAAAUGGGCCAGAACCAAUUGUUCCAAGUCUUAAGUCGGCACGUGGUGACUUAAAAAGGCACGUGAUUGAGGGAACCUCUCAGGUAGACGGGAAACAAGGUCUACCAUCUUCUACCUCGAGCUCCUCCAGUCGGUCGAAUGACCCUGUUCAAGUGAACAGUUUGUUACAAUGGCUUCCUUCAAAGAAACUGGUUCAGCUAUCACCAGAUCAUUGUAAUCCGAGAUGUGUUAAGUGCAGCGAGAUAGAUAACCUGGAACUGGAAAUACUAACUGAUGAUGAAGAGUGCUCUGAUUCGGAUGUUGAAGAAACUCUCAGUCUGGGAAGUAUAGAUCUACAAAACCUGAAAGAUAUCUUUGAGGAGGAAAGUUUGAACACUGAGUUGUUGUUUCCAGAAGAGGUGCUGGAUCAAUGUGGCCUCGGCAUCAAGGAACAGGUGUUUAAGGUAAAUCCCAACAGUGGUGAAGAAAAUUUCUCCCCUUUAGAACUUGUGUUGCAUAAAGUUAAGAUGAAUUUAGAAGCUCUUGCUAAGGUCCGGCAGAACUCACCUCAUCUAAUAAAAGAGCCCACUCCACUAAACCGGCCUAUGCAGGUUAUCAGGCCAGAGGAAUGUGAAUAAACUUUGACACCUAACACAGGGAUAACUUCUGCUGCAGGGGGUGAAAAAGUUUUGGUUGAAACUAGUCCACUUCCACAAUGGAAUUAGGAACAAGGAAAGGUCUUGGACUCGACACUUGCAGAUGACAUCCCACUUCGAACCCCACUUCACUCACUUCCAUUAGGUUCAGCUCAGGUUUGGCAUUGCUGAGG